AGCACGGGGGAUGGGCGUGGCCUGACUGUCGGCGUUGAAAAGCGGCUGCGGCAGAUCGUCGUUAAAGCGCAGCGGCAAUGGAGGAGCCGAGGGUCAGAGUACUGCAGAGCCUUCGGGGGAAGAUCUGUGAAGGGAAGAAUGUGGGUUGUGGCUCCGGAUCGAACCGUCUGCGAGACGUUGGCACCUUCUGCACCAUCAGUCUGGACCAGGAGGAGGUUUUCCGCACUAAAGUCUACGAGAAGAGCCUGAGUCCGUUCUAUGGAGAAGAUUUCUACUUUGAGAUUCCGCGGCCGUUCCAGUGUCUGUCCUUCCACGUUUACGCCAAGAGCGUCUUCCAGAGGGAACAGCCAGUAGGUAAAGUGUCCAUUAGAAAGGAUGACCUGUGUAAGUACAGUGGGAAGGAACACUGGUUUGCGCUGCAGCCUGUAGAUCCAAACUCAGAGGUUCAGGGUAAAGUUCAUUUGGAGAUGAAGCUGAACGAGCUCAUCACAGAUAACGGUCCGGUUUCUCCACGGUUGCAGGUCAGGAUAAUCGAGUGUCAGGGGUUACCUUUGAUAAGUGGUCAGAACUGUGACUCUUUCGCCACAGUGACGCUCAUCGGACCUGCCAGGUCUGAUCAGAGGAAGACUAAAGUGAAGAAGAAAACUAGUGAUCCUCACUUUGAAGAGACGUUCUACUUUGAGGUGUCCAGAUCCAGCAGCAACGCCAAGAAAUCCCACUUCCAGGUGGAGGACGAGGACAUUGAGAAACUGGAGAUCAAGGUGGAGCUGUGGAAUAACGGCAAUUUGGCUCAGGAUGUUUUCCUGGGAGAAACGCGAGUGUCGCUGAAGGUCCUGAGAAAUGACGUUGUUCACAAAGCAUGGUACCUGCUGCAGCCCCGGGGGAACGGUACUAAGCCUAAGCCUGAUGAUCUGGGUUCCCUGAGGCUGAAUGUGACCUACACUGAGGACAACGUUCUCCCGUCCUCCUGCUACUUUCCCCUGCGCAACCUGCUGCUGAAAUCACCUGAUGUUCAGCCCAUCUCUGCAUCUGCAGCUCAUAUUCUUGGGGAUGUUUGUAGAGACCGGUCUGAAGCGUCUCUGCCGGUCGUUCGGUUGCUGCUGCAUCAUAAUAGACUGCUGCCUUUCCUCACCUCGAUUGCUGCCUUAGAGCUAGACAACACACAAGAGGCCAACACCAUAUUCCGUGGGAACUCUCUGGCGACUCGCUGCAUCGACGACAUGAUGAAGAUGGUGGGGAGAAAUUACCUGACUGUCACACUGAAACCUGUACUGGAUGAGAUUUGUGAGUCCAAUAAAACGUGUGAGAUCGAUCCAGUGAAGCUGAAAGAGGGCGACAACGUGGAGGUCAACAAGGAGAACCUACAGGUGUAUGUUCAGAAGGUCUUUUCCUCCAUCACCCAGUCCAGUGCCAGCUGUCCUCCGCUGAUGUGUGACGUGUUCAGGGCUCUGCGCCAACUCGCAUCCGACAGGUUCCCCGGUGACCCUCAUGUCCAGUACUCAGCGGUCAGCAGCUUUGUGUUUCUGAGGUUCUUUGCUGUGGCCGUUCUGUCACCUCACACCUUCCAGCUCCGCCCACACCAUCCGGACCCGGAUGUCUCCCGCACUCUGACACUCAUCUCUAAAACUAUCCAGACUCUGGGCAGUUGGAGCAGCCUGUCCAAAAGCAAACUGUCCAGUUUUAAAGAGUCCUACAUGUACGAUUUCUUCAAAUUAUUCCUAGAAGAUCAAUGUAUAGAAAAAGUUAAAAAGUUUUUAGAUGAUAUCUCCUCCAACAUGAGUAAAGGGACUUGUGGAGUGGAGGACUCGGUGGUACUGAAGGAGGGAGAGGUCCAUAAGCGAGCUCAGGGGAAGAAGCGUCUGGGGAAGAAGAAUUUUAAGAAGCGCUGGCUGAGAGUCACCAACCGAGAACUUUCAUACCACAAACAUAAAGGGAAAGAUGCACUGUGUGUUAUUCCAGUGAAGAACAUCCUGGGAGUGGAGAAACUGGACGAAAACACCUUCAACCGCAAAAAUAUGUUCCAGGUGUUGCUGUCUGAAAGACCACUGUACGUCCAGGCAGGUAACUGUGUGGAGGCGUCCGAGUGGAUCGAGGUGCUGAGUCAGGUCAGUCGCUGUAACCCAGGGCGACUCAGCAAUUUCCACCCGUCCGCUUACGUCACGGGGAUGUGGCUCUGCUGCAAGGAGACGACCGAAAAUCUGCCCGGCUGCAGACCCUGUACCACCAGCACGUUGGCGAACAUCCAGCCAGAGAUCGACUGUGACCGAGAGACGGAGAGGAUCUUCUCUCUCUUCAGUGCCAGCCUGCCCCGCCUGCAGAAGAUGGAGGAUGCGUGUGCAAGCAUGUCUGUGUAUCUGGGUCAGCAAAAGGAGCAGGAGGAGUACUCUGCCUUCAUCAUACAGGACCCGAAAGAGACCUUCCGCACCAUUAAGGAGAUCAGGGAGGUUCUAGAGGAGCUGAAGGCUCAGCACGCGGACACUGAGGCACUGACAGACCAGCCAGGCACCAUUGAGAAUCCCAUCGUGGGAAAAACGUCAUAACCAGCGGGGUGGGGGGGUGCAAUGCAUUUCCUGCCAGAGUGAAGUGUCCCGAGGAGGAGGACGUCCAGAAACUGCUCGGAGAAUGUUCCUGUGCAAGAGAGGAGUGAUAGAGUGGAAAGGAGAGAGUGACCGCAGGAGCGGCUGUGUCGGUCCAGUCUGAAGAACCGGAGGCCGUUCGAGAGUCUGUAAAUGAGACUCUCUUGCCAAACAGUCCAAUCAGUCCUAACGAGCGUUUCUGCGUCUUCACCCAAUCACACCAAACAAACCCCCCAGUCAGCUCCUUCACCACUGCACGCUGCGACCAAUCAGACGCUCCGUCUGAGGGAAAAAUGGCUGCUAAGAAAUGAAACUCCAUUCUGUGAUUUGUUUGUUUAGACUGCGUUACAGGAGAGAUGAUGAUGAUGAUGAUGAUGAUGGAACAUUUAAAGGGAAUCGCGCUUCGUCUCUGCUGUGUUUUCUCCUCCGGCUCAUUUCUCUUUCCACCUCCGCUCGUCUGCGCAGCUCCAGACGGAGGAGUUGAUCUGCCUUAUUGAGUCUAAUCAGUGGUUGUUCUUACAGUCCGACACCGUCUGUGGAUUAACACAGAAGCACUUUAGAUAUUUGGAAUUACUCCAGAUGAGAUUAUUUUAGAUACGUGGUAUCAUUUUUUCUUUUUUUCUGCUUUAUCGAUCAGUUAAAUGAUCAUCUCUCAUGUUCCUGUAGAUAACAAUUCAUACUUUGUAGAUUUUUAAUAGCUAUUUUUCUUAUGCCAAAGAAGUUUUGUAGAGAUUUUUGGUGGAACUGAAAAGGGUCUAAAUGUAGUUUUGUUGUUUUUUUUUAAUAGACUUCAUAUUUCUUCAUGUAUGUUCAGCCGAACGUGAAAACAUUUUUAUUGCUUAUGAAGACACAAUCAGGCCAGCUUCAUGAUUUUUUUGCACAAGCGUGAAAAGUUAAGGCUUUUUUUUCUGUCUUAAUCACACUUUAACACUGUCGAUCAAUCAAAAUCACUCUUAUCAUGUCCUGUAAUAAUCAUGAUAAACAUUCCUGAGCACACAUGCAAUCAUCUGCUCUUCUUUUGCACAAUCAGCUUCAGCCCAUUUCUGAUAUUUUGGCCUCAUUUUUUAUAAUUGUUUGUACAGGCCAGUCAGUCCGUGAUCAUCCUUGGUCUGUCUGAAAGUGUCCAGACUGCAGCGUUUAUUCCUCUAUUAACCGAGUUUGUUUCCCUCUGCUGCCUCGAUUCUUCUGGAACGCUUUACACCUGAUUCUGAACAUUGCUGUGAGGAUCUGAUUGAGCAUUAGUGAGGUCAGGUACUGAUGUUGGAUGGUCAGUUCUGGGUCACUCCAGCUCAUCCCAGAGGUACUGGAAGAAGCUCCAUCACUCCAGAGAACGCAGUUCCAGUGCUCCACAUCCCAGUGCUGGGGGGCUUUAUACCCCUCUAGCCAUUGCUGGGCGCAGGACAUGGAGACCUCAGGAUCACGUGCAGAUGUCUGGACACUUCUGGACGGAUCGGACGCUGAAAUCAUUUUUUAGAUCUUCUAACAAUCCCUUUGUUUUUAAUGUAUGUUAUAAAUGAAAGUUGUUUUUAUUAUUGAAUGAACACAAUGUGAUUUAUGAUUUUGCUAAAUGGUAAAUUUAAUGGUACGUUUGUCUCUGUGGUACUUUGAGUGACCCUCGCAGCAUCCAGUCAAGGCAUUUUAGCGGUACGGCUAGCUGUGUUUGUUCCAAUGGACGCUGCCUUUCCCUGAUGAAUGAUAAUCACAGUAAAUGAAGGAUUCGCUCCAAAUGCCCUCAUUCGCUCAUUUCACAGCACGUGCAGUUUAAUCCCUGUUAAAAAUGCAUGAUGAACCAUGCAGUGGCCUUUUAGGACCCUCAGCACUGAAGCCGGGGGUCCACUGUUCAAAUUUAGCACUUACUGUUUAAAGCGAAUGCUGUACCUGUAAACGGUGCGUAAACGAACCCCGACUGGAUCCGCAGAGGACCUGAAUGAAGACACAUUCCACUAUAUGAUAUUUCUGCAGUCGAUCGUGUCAUUUCGUCUGCAGACGUCGUCUGUUUUUAGCAGAAAUCACAGGUAAACUCGUCCUAAUCCACGUGUUGUUGUCUCCUUUUUGUUGUUAUUUAAACAUUUUUAUAUAAGUUUCUUAACAAAAACUCAUGUUUCCUUUUUGCUUGCUCUUCAGAAAUAAUUUACAAUAAAAUCUUUUUUGCCAACA